CUCUGAACCUCUUUUUGCUUUUCUUGAAAUUCAAUUGUGAGGUUUCAAUGGAUUUUGUCAUUUCGUGAAGGUUUUCUUUCAUUCUCAUUCUCAUUCUCAUUCUCAUUCUCAUUCUCAUUCUCAUUCUCAUUCUUUUCUUUGAAAUAAAUUCGGCUUUUUUAUCUAAGGUUACCUAGGUAGGAAUCGAACGAAUUUUGAGAGAGGGUUACGCAUUUGAAAGUCCUAGGGAGGGUUUUAGUUGAAUCUGGGAUUGUAUGCGCAAAGUGAUAUAGAGAAUUUAGGACGAGUAGGACGAGUUCGCAGCUAAAAUGAAUGGAUUUACAGAACAUGGGUUGGAUGAGGGGUCAUUUGGGGAGAAAGGGGGAAUUGUAAAGGCUUUUGAUGCUUUUCGUAUGUGUUGUUUUAUUUACUGAUUCGUUCUUCUUUCUGCUUAUUUUGCUGCGUUAUCUAGCACUGCAUUUAUAAACGCUCUCAUUUUGAAGCGCAUAACCAAAUUCAAGUUUAUAGACUAAUAAUUAAUCCUAAACAGCCAAAGCUAAACCUCAAUACAUAACGCAAACAUCCGGCGGCGGCAAAUGGACCGUCGCCAUGCUUAUCAUAUCCUUCUCCCUCCUCCUCUCCGAAUUCUCACGCUGGUGGACGGGCUAUGAAACGCACACUUUCGUAGUUGAAAAGGGUAUUGGGCAUUCUCUACAAAUAAACAUGGACAUGGUUGUCAAAAUGAAAUGUUCAGGAUUACAUAUCAAUGUACAAGAUGCGGCUGGUGAUCGCAUUUUAGCCGGAAUAAUGCUCAAAGAAGAUGCGACGAAUUGGAGUCAAUGGGUAGAUGCAAAGGGAGUACAUCAGUUAGGGAAAGAUGCGCAUGGUAGAGUGGUUACUGGGGAGGAAUAUCAUGAGGAGGGAUUUGGAGAGGAACAUGUUCAUGAUAUUGUAACGCUUGGAGGAAAGAAGAGGGCGAAAUUUGCGAAGACGCCGAGACUUAGGGGAGGACCGGGAGGUGGGGAUAGUUGUAGGAUUUACGGGAGUUUGGAGGUAAAUAAGGUGCAGGGAGAUUUUCACAUUACGGCGAGGGGUCAUGGAUAUCCGGAAUUGGGACAGCAUUUAGAUCAUAAUGGUUCGUUUUUCUCUUCCCGCAUGUGAAGUAUCUGGAUGCUGGAUGAUUACUAACAGAAGGAAUAGCAUUCAAUUUCUCCCACAUAAUCAACGAGCUAUCCUUCGGACCAUUUUACCCAUCCCUCCUCAACCCCCUCGAUCGCACCAUCGCUGGUACCCCCAACCAUUUUCACAAAUACCAAUACUUUCUCUCCAUAGUCCCAACGCUGUAUUCCCUCUCCCCAUCAGCAUUUUCUCCCUCCUCAUCACCCUCAUUACUACGUACAAACCAAUACGCCGUUACAUCACAAGAACACAUCGUAGGAGAACGAAACGUACCAGGAAUAUUUUUCAAAUACGACAUCGAACCACUUCUUUUAACGGUUGAGGAAACCCGAGAUGGGCUCUUGAGAUUUAUAAUUAAGGUUGUUAAUGUAGUUAGUGGGGUACUUGUGGCAGGACAUUGGGGAUUCACGAUUUCAGAGUGGGGAUUGAGGGUUUGGGGACGGAGGUCUGGGGGGGGAGGCGGAAAGGGUAUGUUGGAUAGUGGGAAGUAUAAUGAGGAUUAGAUGGGUUUGUGGGAGAUGGGUGAAGGAGAGU